UCCACCCAUCCACCCGUAUCACCGCUCUCCUCUUCCUCCUCACCAGACCAACAGGAUAGGAUUCAGUGGUCCGAUCAGCCCCUUCUUGGACCUGGGCCGCAUCAGCCAGAUCUACUUUAUUCCGCCAGGCAAUCCAAUCGAGAUCUGCUCACAGAGCACAGCAAUAAUGAUAUACCGAGGCAUGAUCAAGACCAGGACCAAGAGCCCAGCGACUACAAUGCUCAUGAAGAAACGCAUCAUAUCCCUUCCACAUCCCUUUAUGCCGUGCAUGCCCUCUGCACAUUUGACGAGCGGAUAUACGAAUUUGCAUCCUACUUUUUCAUCAUGGAGAUCUUCAAGACCACCUUGUUACCCAUGUCCAUCUACGGCUUCUCUACCACCGUUGCCGGAAUCCUAUUCAGCACCAGCGUUGGGUCCUUGGUCGAUUCCACCCCCCGAUUACCUGCCGUCCAGUCAUUUCUUUUGACACAAAAAUCCACCACGGUGCUCGGCGCCCUCGGAUUCUGGGUCCUCUUGACCUGGUUCGAUCCUACGUCCGCUCUUGACUCUCCUAUACUAGCCACACCAGUCUCAACAACGGCAGCACCAGCAAUAGGGGUAGCAGCAGCAAUUUCAGCAGAGGACGAUAUGUCCAUGACCUUAUCUCAGGGGUACUCACUGUUUACGCUCCUGAUCCUCAUGAGCGGGACCUUGAAAUUAUCCGCCCUAGGCUGGUCCAUCUCUAUCGAACGCGAUUGGGUCGUCGCACUCUGUCAAUCCGAUUCUGACAUGCUAACAAAAAUAAAUGUCACGAUGAAGCGAAUUGACCUUGUCUGCAAGCUGGUCUCGCCAUUAGUCUUUGCAGCCUUGCUCGCUCAAUUCAAUGCAGGAUACUGCAGCCUAGCCAUGGCUGUAUGGUGCAUGUUUUCCUUCUCGGCGGAGCUUGUUCUUGUUCGAAGGAUCUGGUUUACUUCGCCAGUGCUCUGGCAGCCCCGGUCCGUGGCUCGAUCAUUCGGAACAACAGUACAUCACAGAGAUCGAACCCCGAAGCGGAAGCACAGGCAGGGAGCUGCGGUUCAUAGAUCAAUAGGAUCACUAGAUGACGAGGAGCAAGAUUUGAUAUAUGCUAGGAUUGAGCAUGGCGAACGAGACCAUACAGGAGCAGCAGGACGUAGGCAGAGGAGGGAACGUUCGCGCUCGUCAUUCUUCUGGCAAAGCAUUAGUUCUUUUCGCGAAUACACUCACCAUAUCGUAUUUCUUGCAUCCCUUUCCUACGCGAUUAUUUACAUUAACAUGAUGAGUGUCUCGGGUACGAUGAUCGGCUACUUACAAUGGAGAGGGUUCUCCGCCAGUACAAUCGCGCUGCUAAAGGGGAUCUGCACCCUUUCCGAGCUGCUCGGCACCAUUCUCAUGCCGAUCCUUACACGCUACCUCGGGCUCGUCCGUGCAGGUGCUUGGUCAAUCUGGCUCGAAGUCCUCACGCUCACACCGGUCUUGCUGUCGAUCUAUUCUGAGCGCUUGCCCGUUCAGGCCAUGGUUUUUGCUGGAAUGGCGCUCUCCCGCGUAGGUGUUUGGUCCUUUGAUUUGAUUAUCACCCAGAUCAUGCAGGAGUUUAUCGACCCUUCCCCCAACUCCCUUUACUCUUCCUCAACCAUAAACAACAGCAACGCAGGUGUCAUCAAUGGCUGGCAUUACUCUAUGAUGAGCCUCUUCGAACUCGGACAGUUCUUUCUCACCAUGAUUUGGUCCGAUCCACAGGUGUAUUUCAUUCCUUGUACGCUGUCCUUCGCUUGUGUCGUUGUCGGCGCAAUCGUUUAUUCUGCUCAUUUGGUUCGUAUGCGGGGCCAUUUGUUUCAUUACCAGCGCAUCGCUUCCGCAGCGACAUCAUCUUGUUUUCUGACGGAAAGUGACCAAGAGGAAGAACGGGAGGGCGAAGGUGAAGACGAAGGCGAAGGAGUGCAGCGCCACGAUGCAGGAGAUCGGGAUCGAGGCGAUAAUGGUCAGCCAGGGCCAUCUAGGCGUUCACAUGUAUAUAUUCAUAGAGUGAGCGACCCAAGCGCCUCCCCGUAGAACAAUGACCAGUUGUUUAAACAUUUGUCCUAAGUCUCGACGAACGC